AGGAAUAAUCAUAAGAAAUGAAUUUUAAUGUCUGGAAUAUCAAAGAUAUGCUCAGUAUUCCCUCAACCUCUGGGACCACUAAGUCAUCUAGCUGGGCUAAUAAUCCGGGUGAUUAUUCCAGUCUCAGUGACUCUCAGUUCCUCUUUGGAUCCCAGUUCUGUCCAGAAAGUUCAGAGACCCUAUCAGCACCUUUGGAUGUUGGUGUCCAUUUGAGAGACCCAAAACCGUUACAAAAGGGUUCUCUGGAUAAUGAACCUAGUAUUUUCACAAAGUACCAGACAAAACCCCAGCUGUUUGAAGAAGAUAUAAAUGAUGGAGGCUUAUUUCCUCUUCCUUUGCCAGUUGGAAAAUCAAAAGGCCUUUUGGAACAGUUUGAGGAGAAAAAGAAAAUAGCAAAAGAUAAAUGUGACAGUGAGACUCUGUACAGCUUCAUUUCCCAUGUCAGAGAAAGCAUUCACAAGUUGCAGACAUCGGUGGAAAAGUCUGAGGAACGUCUCAGUUCAAGAAGCCAGUCUAUUUUGGAUUCUUUGGAGACUGUGGCCAAGACCUUGCAAGAAACUGCGCGGGCCCAGAGGGACCUGGUGUUGGAAACAGCGCAGGACAGAGGCCGCGUGGAGCAGGCGGUGCUGGAGCUGCGGAGGGAGUUCCAAGCUAGACAAGCGGAGAUUGCAGAAGUGACGUCCGGCCUGAAGCACCUUGAAGCUGUGGCUGCGCAGCAGAGCAAGGACGUCCGCCAGCUGGGUGAGCAGCUGGCGCAGCUCGACGUGCCCGGCGCCCUCGCGGAGCUGAAGAGCUUCCUCGCGGGGCCGCGGGGGCCCACGCACGUGAGAGACAGCACUUCCCAGACCUCGCCCCCGCGGGCCCAGGCCCUCCCAGCGCGGGAUCUGAGGGUGGGCGCCCCGUGGCCCCGGGAGUUUGAUGUCUGGGGUGAGGGAGCCAAGAGGGCAGCCCUCCCAGAAGAGGCCGUUGGAGAAGCGAAGAGAAGCAGGGGGGUCCGGGACAAGGCCGUACAGACGAACCUCAAGAGCCAGCUUCUCCCUAAGACGAGCGCGGAGAACUAUGGCGGCAGGAAGCUGGCUGCCCAAGGAGCCUUGCGGCUUCUGUCCCUGGACGUAAACAACUUUGUAACCAGCCCAAAACGUCAGACCAAAGGCGUGUUUUCACGUGACCCCUGUGAGCAGCGGCUGGUGACGGGAGAACACGGGCGGAGAGGCCGGCCGCCCAGGAGCACCCACCGGGGCAGGCCCCCCACCAGGCGGCAAGAGCAACCCCGAAGCACAGCCUGUGCUUUCAGUUCCCAGUGCCCCCAGCUUCCCGGUCCUGGCUCACAGGGGUCCCCCCCGGAGCAGCAGGAGCCCUGUGCCCAGCCCCUGUGUCGGGGGCUCCAGGGACGGAACCCCACACAGCCUGCUCAGGGAGGGGCACUCAGACCCAGGACAAUGCAGGCAGCACCCCGGGCCCUCCCGCAGCUCAGUGGGCACUCUCCCCAGGACAGCAGCCAGCGUUCUGACAGCUCCCAGGGGGACCCCCAAAUGAGCUGGUUCAGCGACCUCAACCCUGAAAGCCCCCAGGCCCCGCAGUCCCAGCAGCCGGGGAAGGCCGUGCUCUACCACCUGCGUUUCGAUAGCAGCGACGAGAGCGCCUGAUGGGCAGUGACUCCAGCUGGUGGAAUGGUCCCGGCUGGAAAGAGUAAUGAAGGGUCAGACGUCCUGCUAGAAAGGGGGGCAGGUCUGGCGUUCUGGCACCCGGGGCUGCCCACGCCAGGGCAUGUGCACCCUUCCUUCCCGACAUGAAGCCGGUGGGAGAGCGGGGCACCGCCUGGGCGUGGCUCCGGGAACCCUGAGCGCAUGGGUGCUGGAGGAGCAGGGCUUCUUCAAAAUAUUCUCUACACGUGACCAAUAUCUCCCAGGGCCUCCAGACUUUUACGUUUUUACCCAGACUGCUGCGAGAGCAUUGUGUUUUUGGUCAGUGGACCGGCCAUGCUAGUCAGGCCUGGUGAGCAGAGCGCGCUAAAGCUGCCGGCGACAGAGGUGGCACCAAACAGGUGCCCGGAGCGCCACUGCUCAGGCCACGUGACUCCACUUUCCUCCGGACUGUUGUCCCCACGGCCUGUUCCAACCUUGGAUUAACGCCCCGAGGGCAGCGGUGGCCGUGGGCUGGUGGAGAGCCGUGGGCUUUAGGAGACGCUCGC